CAAUAUGGCUGCUCAUUGUGCUGCACACGGCCCGCUUCCUUCUUGGACCAACCGGCGUUUUAGCAAGAGGCAUUGUCCAUCAAGUAAAACGUGCAUUCACCUGUGUGUAUUCUGCAUUGUCUGUUGCUUGGCAACGUCGAGAGCCAAUGGCGUGGAAGCACACGAGGAUGAGUACGACCGUUUGGUCGGCAACAGCAGCGAUUUUACGGAGAUCUCAGAUUGGCUUCAGCAAAGGAUACGUAGUACUAACGAGACAUGUAGGGGAUGCCACGAAGAAAGUUUCUACGUUCAGCAGAUAUUUGCCAAGUUCGGCGAUGAACAACACCACCUGUUGGCAUAUAAUGGUUUCUUGACGCUGUUCCGGAGCCUCGGCCUCGACGAAGCCACGCCCGGUGCGUUGCCGACGGCAACAGCCUCCCAGAGUGGGACGGUUGGCGGUGGCAACCCGACAACAACUAAGCAGCAUCAUGUUGUGCGAAGAGAGACAGCUAGCGUUCACAAUCACACACAUGGUGUGUUCAACACACACAUCGAGAAUGCAACGCCGGCCAGUCAGUGUUCGUCAGCGGCCGCGGUGAUCGCGUCAACAUUCGGGGGGACAGCGGAGCGUGUGACGAUGACGGAACACGACUUCCUGCACGUCUGCCCCGCCCUCGUCUACCAACUGGCUGUCGCUCACUGCGCCGGUGACCGGCACCAGCACGUCGUGGAAGACAGAGAGGUGGUGACGCGUCUCGAUCAUCGUCACGGAGUGUCUGUGGAGCAGGUUACGCCCCGGCAUCAAGUGUGGGGCUUUGCAACACUAGCUGUCAUUGUGAUCUCCUGCUGUGGACUGCUUGGUGUUGUCAUCGUACCGAUUCUUGAGAAGGCUUUCUACAACCAGCUGCUGCAGUUCUUUGUUGCCCUGGCCGUCGGCUCUCUAUCCGGGGAUGCACUGCUUCACCUGCUGCCACAUGCUCUCGGCGUCUGCUCCGCGCCGACUCUUCAUAUAGAUGUUCUCCGGGUGAAGCUCGCUGACCUUGAACAUACCGAUGCACGGAAAGCCGCUGGUGCUGCCCUCUGUCACGCUUCUUCUAACGACGCCCGCUGACGCCUCCAGCUGCAGGUGUUUCUUCUUGGUGGCGCGCGCGCGUACGAACACGCAGACGCACGCGCAGAUGAGGAUGAGAAGCA